AUGGCGUUUGGAAAGGGACGUGCAAACAAACGCUCUUCUUCGACGUCGUACGCGUCGACCAUUACAAUGGUCGUCUUUGUGGCUCUAUGUGUCAUCGGUGUCUGGAUGCUUUCUUCCAACUCCAUUAUUCCCCCACAGAUCUCACAAGCCACCACUCGAGCAGUAAUCUCAGAGACAGAAAGGAGUGACUCUUCAAACGGUAACGAUGAACCUGAACCAACAAGACAAGAGCCUGAUGAGCAUCCAACGUAUGAAGACAAUCCAGGAAAGCUUCCAGACGAUGCCAUAAAGUCUGAAUACGAACAACAAAAGUUAGCUAAAGAGAAGAGUGAAAAGAUGAGCUCAAAGGCAAGAGACGAGGGAGGGAGAGAGACUCAAAACCAAGAGACCCAACAAGAAAAUGAAAAGAUUCCCGAGGAGAAAGAAAAAGAUAACGUUAUUGAAAGUAAGAGUGACGAGGGUCAGGUGAAAAACGUGGUCAAGGAGUUUGAGAAGGAACAGAAGGAGCAACGAGAUGAGGACUCUGGUGCUCAAUCAGGUAAUAAUAAAGGAACACAAGAACAAGAGCAAGAGCAAGGGCAAGGUAAAGAGUCUCAGGACGUGGAACAAGGAAAGAAAGAUCAGGAUUCCAACGCAGAGGUGACGUACACAGAUAAGACCAAAGAAGAACAACCUAUGGAAGUAGAGCAGAGCAGUACAUCAGAGAGCUCAAAGAACGAAGAAAACGGACAGCAACAACAAGAAGAUCAAAACUCAGGUAAAGAGGAGAACAAUAAUGAAGAAAAUGAAAAGGAGCAGAAGAGUAUAAAGGAUGAGAACGGACCACAAGAGGAACAUAACACAACAGAAGAAGAGAGUGGAAGCAAAGAAGAACAAAACACAACAAAGGAAGAAAAUGUGGAGCUACAACAACAAGAAGAGCCAAAAGAUGAGAAAAGACAAGAGAGUUCAGAAGCAAGUGGGUUUGGUUCUGGAAUACCAAAAGAAUCAUCAGAAUCACAAAAAACAUGGAAGAGUCAAGCAACAGAAUCUAAAGACGAGAAACAAAGACAAACAUCUGAAUCAAAUACUGUAGAGAGUGUAAUGGUUGGAAAGGCAUGGGAGUUGUGCAAUGAAACAGCAGGUUAUGAUUAUAUACCAUGCCUAGACAAUGAAGCAGCUAUAAAGAAACUAACUAGUAGAAGACAUUUUGAGCACAGAGAGAGGCAUUGUCCAGAAGACCCACCAACGUGUCUUGUCCCCCUUCCAGAAGGGUAUAAGGAGUCUAUCAAAUGGCCAGAAAGCAGGGAUAAGAUAUGGUACCACAAUGUCCCACACACAAAGCUAGCAGAAGUGAAAGGACAUCAGAAUUGGGUGAAGGUUACUGGAGAGUUCUUAACGUUUCCAGGAGGUGGAACACAGUUUAUCCAUGGAGCUCUCCAUUAUAUUGACUUCCUUCAGCAGGCUUUGAAAAACAUUGCAUGGGGUAAACGCACACGAGUUGUAUUAGAUGUUGGAUGUGGAGUGGCUAGCUUUGGUGGAUUCCUCUUUGAAAGAGAUGUUAUAGCCAUGUCACUUGCACCAAAAGAUGAACAUGAGGCUCAGGUUCAGUUUGCUCUCGAAAGAAAGAUCCCAGCCAUCUCUGCAGUGAUGGGCUCUAAGAGAUUACCAUUCCCGGGUAGAGUGUUUGACCUUAUCCACUGUGCACGUUGCAGAGUCCCUUGGCACAAUGAAGGUGGUAUGCUGCUUCUGGAACUGAAUCGGAUGCUUCGUCCUGGAGGUUAUUUUGUCUGGUCAGCAACACCAGUUUACCAGAAGCUUGAAGAAGAUGUUCAAAUCUGGAAAGAGAUGUCUGCGCUGACAAAAUCUAUGUGUUGGGAACUUGUGACAAUCAACAAGGAUAAACUCAAUGGUAUUGGUGCUGCCAUCUACCAGAAACCUACCACGAAUGAAUGCUAUGAGAAACGAAAGCGAAACAGGCCUCCCAUGUGCAAAAAUAACGAUGAUGCAAAUGCAGCAUGGUACGUACCGCUACAAGCAUGCAUGCAUAAAGUGCCAACCAAUGUGGUUGAGAGAGGGAGCAAGUGGCCUGUGAACUGGCCACGUCGGCUUCAAACACCUCCUUACUGGCUAAACAGCUCACAAAUGGGGAUUUAUGGGAAACCAGCUCCUAGAGACUUCACUACCGAUUAUGAACAUUGGAAGCACGUUGUUAGCAAAGUAUAUAUGAACGAAAUAGGUAUCAGCUGGUCUAACGUGAGGAAUGUGAUGGAUAUGCGAGCCGUCUACGGAGGGUUUGCAGCAGCUCUAAGGGACUUGCAAGUGUGGGUGAUGAAUGUAGUGAACAUUAAUUCACCAGAUACAUUACCGAUAAUCUACGAGAGAGGACUGUUUGGAAUAUAUCAUGACUGGUGUGAAUCUUUUAGCACAUACCCUCGGAGUUAUGAUCUAUUGCAUGCAGAUCAUCUCUUCUCCAAGUUGAGACCAAGGUGCAAUCUUGUUCCAGUACUGGCAGAAGUGGAUAGAAUAGUAAGACCAGGAGGUAAACUAAUAGUACGUGAUGAAGCCAAUGUGAUAAGAGAGAUAGAGAAUAUGUUGAAGUCACUGCAUUGGGAUGUUCAUCUAACCUUCUCCAAGCACCAAGAAGGAAUAUUAAGUGCACAAAAAGGAUACUGGAGACCAGAUACUGCUCUCUGA